GACGCGGGAGGAUGAGGAGGAGGCCGGCGGUCCGGCCGCGCGGCGCCGGGAGGAGGCGCAGGCGGCGGGGGCGGCGGCGGGCGGCGGCGGGCGCGCGGGGUGCGGGCCGGCUCGGGCGCGGAGGAUGAAGUGGAGCGUCCGCGGGGCCUGCGCCGCGCUCUCCUCCUGCCUGCUGCUCGCCUGCGCACUCAGCGCCGCCGCCGUCGGCCUUAAGUGCUUCUCUCUGGGCUCGGAGCUGCGCGGGGAGCCGUUCCGACUGGGGGCUGCCGCCGGCGCCUUCUACUCGGGGCUGCUACUGGCUGCUGGCCUCUCACUGCUCGGCGCCGCCCUGCUCUGCUGCGGGCCCCGGGACGCGCCCCUUGCCGGGCCGGGACCGGGGCCAGGCCCAAGGCUAGGGGUUCCCGCGGCUCCCGAGGGCGCUCCGGAGGCCGCACCGGGCGAGGCGGGGGCGGCGGCGGGGCCCCCGGGGCCGGUGAACAGCCAGAACCUGCUGCUGUUGGGCGUCCUGGUCUUCAUGCUCGGGGUCCUGAGCGCCUUCGCGGGCGCCGUGAUCGACGGCGACACGGUGUCGCUGGUGGAACGCAAGUACUCCCAUUACUGCCUGCCCCCGCGCGCUCCCGCCGCGGUCCCCAGCCCCGCAGCAGCGGCCCCGGGCCCGGCCCCAGGGGCGCCGCGCUCCCGCAGCACCCUGGACAGCGCCACGUCCGCCAAGUGCCGCCAGCUCAAGGACUACCAGCGCGGCCUGGUGCUCUCUACCAUCUUCAACUCGCUCGAGUGUCUGCUGGGCCUGCUCAGCCUUCUGCUAGUCAAGAACUACAAGUCGUCGCAGGCCCGGAGGGGCCGGCGCGGCCGGCGGAGGGCAGGUCGGGCCCUGGCGCGGCCCCGUGGCAUCCCUGGGCUCCGUGCGCAGCCGCCAUCCUCCCGCGCUCGGCGAGGACGGCGGGGUCGGCGGGGACGACGGCUGCAGCCACGGCCGAGCGAGGCCUCCAUCCUGUCCCCGGAGGAGUCCGACUUCGCUGCCCCCGGGGACUGCGCGGGCUUCGCGGCGCACCACGCAGUGUCCUACAUUAACGUGGGUGUCUUCCACGCGUUCGACGAGGCGGGCGUGGAGGUGUGCUGCGGCGGACACCCGUCGGUGGAGCUGCCCGGGUACGCGCCCUCGGACCCCGACCUCAACGCCUCCUACCCGUACUGUUGCCGACCGCCCUGUGAGGCGGCGCGCCCCUGGGAGCCGAGGCGGGCCUGCUGAGUCCCAGGCCGGGUCCCUGCACUCACGCCUCCCGCUAGAGCCCAGGGGAGGGUCCCAAGCCAGGCCUCGCGGGAGCAACAGCUCCGUGACAACUGGACAGUCCACCAGUAUUAUCGUUUCUGUGUCCAGGACGUUUCUCUUCUGUGUCGUUCGUAUCCGGAUUCCAUUUAAAGUUUACAAUAAAUGUUUUGGGUCGGCCUGCCGGAUGCACUUCUUUUUGGCAAGUCGGUUCCCUGGGGCUGCGGUGAGGUCCCGGAGCGCGCGCAGGGAGCGUGAUUUCCUUCGAGGACCUCGGCUGAGCUACAGACAAAAGCCGCGGUCCUGUAGGAACCCAAGGAGAAGGUGCCGCCGGGCAGCAACACUGCGACCCCAUGUGCCUGCUUCAGCCGACACUUUCUUACUGUAAAGCUCUCCAUAAACAGUGACAAUGUUCGGUAAAUUUAUUGCAAUUUGAAGUUGGAUAGAGGUUCCUCUGCUGAACCAAAU